GGCUCUUUGGACAUUCUCUCACACAAACACGCUGGCAUACACAUACACAUUUAAAGUGAACAUGAAGGAGGGAGCUGCCUGUUUAAAACUUGCUGCAGUUGUGAACUGAUGUCUCGGAGUAUGACGAACAGUGACUCCUCCACAUUUCAACUCUGACCUGAAGGAUUUGCAGAGAAACCGCAAGUGAAAAAGAGAGGGGGAAAGACAAAAAGAAGAAGCAGAGGGAGGUGGGCUAGAGGACUUCUUGUUCCAGUCAGGCAGUGGGGGCUCUUCUAGUUGAGAGGCAGUCUUGGAAAGCCUCAGCAAAGCCACCAAAAAGUCAGCUCCUAGCAACACUGUCCAUAAAAUCUACACUUCUUUCGCAUCUGCACUCCUCCGAAGGCACUGUGGAGUGGCUUAAGAGAAGAGAAAAAGAAAGAAGGAAAAAACACACUCCUGUCUACACAGAGAAGCCAGCUGCACAUACAGAAGUCAAAGCAGUGCAACAAGCAGAGCAGAAGAAAGGAAAAGUAGACGAUAAAGCACAUUGGGGAAAAAUAGGGAGAAAACUAAGCAAGGGGCGAGUUCCAAGAGUCAAGCUGCAGCCAGUUGGAGCCAGUGGAAUGGACCUCGGUGCCUGUUGGAUUAAUCCCUGCGUACCCACAGUGCUGUCAGAGGAGGAGGGCUGAUGAUCUGCUGCUACGACAACCAACACCUGAAUGAGGAUGAAUGGAGAUGUUCUUUAGCUAAGCCUCAAGACAACACUCUUGCCAAUUCCACCUCCGCGUGAGCUGGGACAGCACGAGCUAUCAGCUGGAGGAGGAGGUGGUGGUGGUGGUGGCGGAGGAGGUGGAGAGGAGCCACGGGGCCCAGGUCACUGCUGGUGCUACUGCCCUGGAGGAGAGGCGAGGGAGCGGGCAGGACAGAGAGGAAGAGCAGGGCUUGGAGGAGGGACACGAGGGAGGGGGAGAGGUGGCGGGCGUCAGGCAUCGCAUGGCCGUGCAGAGGCUGGUGGCGGCGGCGGUGGCGGUAGCCCUGCUGUCCCUGGUCCUAAACAAUGUCGCAGCCUUCACCCCCAGCUGGGUCCUGCAGGCCUUGGAGGACGGACGCAAGAGGAGUGUGGGACUAUGGAAGAUGUGCCCUGUGGGAGGGGAACGGGUCCGUGAUGACCUCCAGCCUGGGCGAAGGGGGCAGGGGACACAGAGACAGUGCGAAGGCCUUGGAUGGGGCUCAGAGUAUGCAGGCUACCAAGAAUCCCGCAGCACUGUCAAAUUGCAGUUUGACAUGAUGCGGGCCUGUAACCUGAUGGCUACGGUGGCCCUGACUGUCGGUCAGCUAAUCUUCCUCCUGGGCUUGAUGGAGCUGCCCUUCAUCACGCAAGAAUCACAGUGGUGGGAGGAGGCCAUUGCUGCACUUUUCCAGCUAGCCAGUUUUGUGCUGGUGAUUGGACUUGUGACUUUCUACAGGAUCGGGCCCUACACACACCUGUCCUACUCCUGCUACUUAAACAUAGCUGCUUGCUUGCUGGCCACGAUGGCCGCAGCCAUGCUCAUCUGGAACAUUUUACACCGCCGCGACGACUGCCUCACGCCCCGGGUUAUAAUCAUCAGUCGCUCACUGGCGUCACCUUUCCACCCACGCCUGGACAAUGACUAUGUGGAGUCACCAUGUUGAGCCGUGGGAAAAUAGGAGUGAAGACCACACUGACAAGACUGUGCUCUAACUCUGUAUUAAUCCAGCUAUAGGUUCCUCAAAUGUGAAUCUCAUGAGAAGAGGACAUUCCCGUGGCUCUGCAAUAGCUGGACUAACAUGUACCUGCAAUUGUUUAGUUCUAUAUUUCUCAACUCCUCCCAUCAUUAACAAAAAUGUCAGAAUUAUAUUGCUGCUUGGUCUACAUAAGUCUCAGAUUUAAAAGGUGCAGUGUGUAGAAUUUGGUGGCGUUAAGUGAAACGUACUGAAAUGGAAAAUAGUAUUCAUAAGUAUGUUUCAAUUCUUGUACAAUCGCCUGAAAAUAAGAAUUGUUGUAUAACCUUAGAAUUAGCCAUUUACUUUUAGCGGGUCCCCUUCCAUGGAGCCCACAAUGUUUUUACAGAAGCCCAGAAUGGACAAACCAAAUGCAGGUUUUGGAGAGGGCCUUUUGCAUUUUUCACAGGUGUUACAGCCACCAUACGUUAUCUUACACACUUAGAAAGGGAGGUUGAGGAGAGCAGUAUUGAGUUGGUUGCGAUCUGCAACCUCACUGCUUGAUGCCACUAAAUCCUACACGCUGGUCCUUUAAGUAAAAUUUAAGUAUCAAGCAACUGCAACUACCAAACAUAUUCAAAUUAUGACGUUUCAUUUAUUCAUGCUUAGGUGAGCUUAUUGGUAGCUAAAUAUGGAAUUUGGACUAUGAUGGUCUUAUAUGAAACAACCUGCUUUGGAAAAGAUCAAGCUGGAACUUGACCUAUAAUGUUAUAUGUGCACUUAUUAAAUUUCCUCCUGCAUAAUUAUGAAUUGGAAAUUCUGAAAGAUGUUGAAAAUAUAAUACCAGAAUACCUCAUAUUUGUUUUCAUCCUUUUAAAGCUUAUUAAAAUGUUAAAAUACCUUAAUAUCAAUGAUAUAUCUUACAAGUUAGUAGGUAAACUAAUAAGGUGAAAAUGUAAUAGUCAGUUGACCUUGUUCUUGAUUGAGUUUACCCAAAUUUAAUUGGAAAAAGGUGACAUUUUGAGGGACAACUGUUGAGCUGUGUCAUUACCACAUAAUUAUGCUUCCUCUAGAAUAAAAGAGGCAAAACCCCUCCAAAACAUAUGACCUAUCAAUAAAAUGUGUGUAAAUUAAUUUGAAUUGUUUUAAAGCAAUAUAUGUUAAAUUAAAGGUAACAGCUGUUUUGGCGAUGCACUGCAUUUUGAAAUGACACACACAUUUCAAUACUUACGUUAAGUUUUCAUGAUGCUUUCCGUAUGAAACUCUGCUCGCUUGUGGUACAUACUGUAUACUUAAAUUAAUAUUAUAUAAUUUUAUAAAGAAUAGUAGAAGUAUUAUUUGGAUCAUAUCCCACUUUUGCAAAGGCCCCCAGACUCCAUCUAUGGGUCUUCCACAUUGCCAGACAUA